UGCGUCAUCUGAACGCGCCGGUAGUGCUCCGCCCGCCCAUGUGAAAACAGAAACAUCUGUGAUGAGAGCGCUCUCAGUCAGAGUGUCAGUACGUCCAGUGGGCAGGAAUGAUUAGGAGGUCGGCGAACGCCUCAUCGGAAUGCCUGCUCGGACCCUCCAGGAUCUGGUGUCCGCCGCAGCCUCUCUGCACCCGGACCGAGCGGCGGUCCUGUAUGACUCCGGCUCGGGAGAGACUCCAGGGUCUCUGCUCUACAGAGAGGUGGUCCAGCUCGCCGAGGAUCUUUCUGCUGCUUUACUCCAGAACUGUUCUCCUCGCGGCGGUGCUGUCGGCCUGUACUGCAGCGAUGAUCUGCUGGUCCCCGCCUGGAUUCUGGGGAUCCUGCAGAGUUCUGCCGCUUACGUCCCCUUGGACCCAGAGGCUCCAGGUCUUCUCACUGCCAGAGUAAUGAGUCAGUGUGGCCUCAAGUACUGCGCUGUGAAACGGGACCUUGUGCAGCGUUUUCGGGAGGCUGUAGUCGAUCACGUCCCUGUGGAGGUUUGCGUGGAGCUGCCCCAGUUCAGGUUGACCUUGAUGCACAUCGAGCCUCGUCCAGUCGCCGAGGACGGACCUCAGAGAGUGGGCGGCUGCGACCCCUCUGAUAAAACCGUUCCCCUGAAGGACUCCGGGCGCCCAGACUUGGCGUACGUCCUGCACACGUCCGGCACGACGGGUCCUCCCAAAACCGUGAGGGUUCCCCACAGGUGCAUCGUCCCCAAUAUUCUGCACCUCAGAUCUCUGUUCCAGAUGAGCGCAGAUGAUGUUGUUUUUCUCGCCUCCCCUCUGACCUUUGACCCGUCUGUAGUGGACAUAUUUCUGGCCCUGUCCUCGGGGGCUCUGCUCCUCAUAGUCCCCUCGGUGAUGAAGAAGAUGCCUGGUCGACUUGCCCAGAUGUUGUUCAAACAUCACCGAACUACAGUUCUUCAGGUCACUCCCACUCUGCUGGUGCGGUUCGGUCCCGGUAUUCUGAAACGGGACGUGCUGUCACCCGGAUCCUCGCUGCGGGUGUUGGCUCUGGGCGGAGAGGCCUGUCCUUCUCCGGCUCAGCUGAGGAGCUGGAAACACGAGGAGAAUAAAACCGCCGUCUAUAACAUCUACGGCGUCACCGAGGUCUCCUGCUGGGCCUCCUGCUACAGGGUACCAGAACCUCAGCUGCAGUGCAGCAGCCUCCCUGCAUUAAACACUGCGGGCCUUUGCAGCUCGGUGUCCUCUGUACCUCUUGGGACUCCCCUGAUGGACACGGUGGUAGAAGUCCGCAAUGAAGACGACUGCGUCAUCACGGAGGGUGAAGGACAGGUGUUCAUAGGUGGAGAGGACAGGGUGUGUCUCCUGGAUGGAGAGGACACUGUUGUCCCUGGAACGAUGAGAGCAACAGGAGACUGGGUGAACGUUAAAGAUGGUCAGCUGUACUAUCUGGGACGGAGAGACAGAAUGAUCAAACGGAACGGGAAGCGAGUGAACUUGGACAGCUUGCAGCAACUAAUCCUGAGUCUGCCUCAGGUGGAAGCCUGUGCUGUGGGUCUCUAUAAAGAAUUUAGACUCCUUGCCUUCGUCGUUGCUUCAGCUAGCGAAGUCCGUCUCCACCAGGGGGCGCCAGAGGGCGCAGGUGGAGAUCUGCAGAGGCUCAUACUGAAGCAGCUGUCUCUGCUGGUGUCCGCUCACUGCAUUCCCGACGCAUUGGUUCUUGUCCCGGCUUUAUCCCUGACUCCUCAUGGUAAAGCAGACAUGAAGGCUCUGAUGAGAAUAUAUGAAAAGCAGAGGGACUGGUUAACGUCGUCACGGCUGGAGGUCGGAAAACUAAAGCAAACUCUUGAGACUCUAUGGCAGGAUACAUUAAGCCUCCCUGCAGAUGCGUCCAUCGAUGAGCGGUCCAACUUCCUGUUCAGUGGAGGGGAUUCCCUGAAGGCACUGCGUCUCUGUGAGGACAUCCUCUCCGCCGUGGGAGUGUCCUCUCCUCGUCUCCUGGAGGUUAUACUGGACAGGUCCUUCUCAGACGUUCUACGCCACGUAACGCAGAUGCUGCCGCCGGAACCGGACGGCUCGUCGUCCUCUAAGAAACGGGCCGCUGAGGCAGCGUCUGCGGUUCCAGCAAAGAAAGGACCUAGACCUGACCGGACACAGCGGGAGACACUCGGGUAUAAAGUCGUGAGACGAGGCGGCGAGGUGCAAGGAACGAACUUCAGGAGCGUAGAUGCUGGUGAAGAAGAACCGCUGGACGGAAAGGACGUCGGCGUUCGCCUCGGUCCGAGCUGGUCCUCGGACACCGGCAGGUGCGUGGACGCCUCCCCGGUGAUUCUGGUCCAGGACAUCGCCAACGAACAAUCCAGAGCUACGGUGUUCAUCGGCUCCCACUCCCACAGGAUCCAGGCGUUGGACCUGGCCGGCGGGAACCUCCUGUGGGAGCGAGUCCUCGGGGACAGGAUCGAAGCGUCGGCUGCCGUGUGUCACUGCGGCUCCCUCGUUGUCGUCGGUUCCUACGACGGCUGCGUUUACUUCUUAUGCACCGACUCGGGAGAGACGAAGUGGGUGUUUAAGACGGAGGACGCAGUGAAGAGUUGUCCUGCUGUGGACCCUCUCACCGGCCUGGUGGUGGUGGGCUCACAUGAUGGACACGUUUACGCCCUGGACCCUCAGCUUCGGCGGUGUGUGUGGAAGCGAGACUGUGGCGGCGGAGCUGUGUUUUCCUCGCCGCACCUUCAGCCGUCUUGUCGACGGCUGUAUGUGGCGACUCUGGGAGGACGACUGCUGUGUCUCAACCUGGACAGCGGGGACAUCCUGUGGUCCUACUGUAGAGACAAACCUUUCUUCUCCUCUCCAAACUCGUCCUGCGGACGCAUUGCGAUCGGCUCAGUGGACGGAAACAUCUGCUGCCUCAGCGACUCCGGGGAACUGCUGUGGCAGUUCCAAACAGAAGCCCCGGUUUUCUCCUCCCCGAGCUUCGUACCGGGACAGCAGAGGCUUCUGUGCGGCUCCCACGACGGCCGCCUCUACUGUCUGAGCUGCACCAACGGCUCUGUAGUUUGGACUUUUCAGACAUCAGGCAAGGUGUACUCCACUCCCUGCGUGUUUCAGGGCUCCUCUGUCGGCCGCCGGGGGGCUCUGGUGGGCCUGGCCUCCACGGAUGGCACCGUCUGGAUCCUGGACGCACGAGAUGGCCGCGUUCUGGCGUCGUCUGCCCUGCCUGGGGAGCUGUUCUCAUCGCCGGUUGUGUGGGAACAGUCGCUUGUGAUCGGGUGCCGUAAUGACUACGUGUACUGUUUGAACCUGACUGGUAAUGUAUAGGGGAUCGUGAUAUACGUCUGCAUUGUUAAAAUAAUAAUAGCAGUGUAGAAAAUGAAGCAAAGAAAGGAGAGCAGGGAGUUGACAAACCUUCUGGAAGGUGUAAAUAAAGGAUGGGGCUGGUUCCUGACCUGAAACUGAGAAGCUGCUCAUUUAUUGGUCUGUUUGAGGUUAUUGUCAUAAUGAAAAGCUCAUUUUGAGGGUUUUUCUCUUUAGGCAAAAGCCAAAAAAAAAAAACCUCAUCAGAAACAUGCUGUGGCUUGAAUUCAGAGUUUGAUCAUUUGAGGUUCAUAAACCUUUAAAGUUUAUUUUUGGGCCAUUUCACCUGCUCAUUUUCAAAAUGGUACUCUCUUCAUACCAUUGUUUUAUUAAUGCUCUGCUAGGCUUCACCUGGGCUUCCCGUAAUUGUUACAGUAUGGAUUACUCCGUAUCUUAUAACUGAUUGAAUAUUGGCAGCAUUUGUUUUUCAUACACGGACACAAUUUUAUUCAUUAGUUAAAAAAAAAGUCUGUUGAACCACUUUUCAAGAGCAAUGUCUGAUUUUAAUUGGUUCAUUUUAAGUAAAAUUGUAUUUCUUACUUUUGUCAGUUUCAAGUUAUGUCAGUGACCAUUCACAGAAGGGCACCAACAACUUUGUCUAUGUGUACAUCUCAUGGUUUUCUAUUACUGUGCUACAAAUACAAGUCAAUUUGCCAUAUAAAAAUUAGCCUUGUUUUUCUGCAAUUCCACUCGAUUCAAAUUUGCCUUCACGGCUCCGCCCGGACUUUCUCCCAUUCAAGUUGAUUUCUGUUCAAUUUCAACUGGGCCAAUCAGCAAACAGGAGAAGUUGUGAACCAUAACAGUGAUUUUCUGCACCGUUUCAGAAUUGUUGUUUUAGAAACGGCAGCGGAGGAAGUGAACAAAGCCGUUCAGUCCGUGUUGCUACACUUAAAAAUGCCGAGUUAACAUUCAAAGCCACCUCAUUGGGAUCAGCACUUCUCUCUUGGCAGCGGAGGAUGGUUGUUUACAGCAAUUUCCGGUAAGCUUCACCGCAUCAAACCAGUGCCUUACAUACGUCACAGGCAAACAUUAGCGAUUGGGUAAAAUGCAAAACCUCGGAGUCCAAUGGUUUCUCAAUAGCUUAGAGCCCAGACUAAGCAAUAAAACCUUUUUUUUUUUUUAUAAACAAAAACCGGCUGUUAUUUUACAAUAAACACAGCAGCCUGUUAGCUCGGUUCAGACAUCAGUAUUUAAUUUACAUUAUUAAUAACAUUUGGAUCUGUUAAAGAACGUUCUCGUGAAUAUCUCUAAGAGGGACAAAAAGUGCAAAUAAUACCAAACAUUUUUUUUGUUUUUGUUUUUACAGAUAACACUGCGUACACUACACUAUUGUGCACGACCAAAGUUAGAAACAAAGCGACUCAGGUUCCUGGGUCUCUUUCAGAGCAAAUACAUACUUACAGAUGAUGGGAGGGAGCGGCGAGAACGAAGAGGUUUUGCUGCGUCAUACGGGAAACGCUUUCAUGUCGUGUGAUCGGGUCCCACUGAAGAAGUAGUGACGGUGUGAGUCUACAGGAGGACAUGCCAGAAGAAUUGUAGCAGGUGUUGGGUUUGUCUCCAAAGUCCAUUUUUACACAGACGCAGCGCUUAAUGUCCUCCACGCCGCGUUUCAAGUCCAGUUUGUUGUUCUGUCACAGUCAUCACGGACACAGUGAGAUUUAUUAUUUCCAGUAUGACUUGAGGAAAAAAAAAACAUUAAAGAAAAAGCACAAUAUUCCCUCCUUACACAACAAACAAGGCUCAGAUAAAAGCUACAAUACAGUUUCAGUGUAGAUAAAUCUGCUGCUGUACAUAAAUAAUACGGAAGAGGGCAGAGGAGGUGCCUGUAACGAGCUUUUCCAGAGGAGCGGCCAUGCUGGGUUGUUAUUUUUCUUUCUCUUUUUUUUUUUUACUGGUAGCCCUUAAAACAUGAUUCAGACGGAUACCCUCUGGUGAUUAAGCGCCGCUGUUCCUCGGAGCACGGAGAUUGUGUCGAGCACACAAUUUAUUACAACCAUGGUGACCCAGUUGGCUCCUACGAUACAAAAAAAAAAAAAAAAAAA